AUGGAUGGUGGAUUAAAUAUUACUUAUAUCACACUUGGUGGGUUGGUGGAUAUGGACAAAUACAAAGUUCUAUUUUUUGUGUUUAUUUUUGUAAUAUACCUUCUAAUAAUUGUCAGUAAUUGUACUAUUGUGUACUUGAUUUGGAUUCAGCAAAGCCUCCAUGAGCCAAUGUAUGUCUUCACUGCAGCUCUUUUAAUUAAUUCAGUUCUUUUUAGCACUGUUAUCUAUCCAAAGCUUUUGAUUGACAUUUUAUCUGAAAAACAGGUCAUAGUAUAUUCAGCUUGUUUGUUGCAGGUAACUAUGUUUUACUCUGUAGGCGGUUCAGAAUUUUUACUGCUGGCAGCCAUGGCCUAUGACAGAUAUGUUUCGAUAUGUAAACCUCUCCAAUAUCCAAGUAUCAUGAAAAAAUCUACUGUUGGCAUUCUUUUGGCCUUAGCUUGGAUUCUGCCUGUGUCUCAGGUUGCAGCGUCCACUGGCCUGAAUGCAAACAAACAUCUCUGCAGCUCCAAAUUAAAAGGAUUUUUUUGCAACAACACAUUUUUCAAACUACAGUGUGCCAUCUCAGUAGGCCAAGUCAUUGACCACAUGGUGAUUUUGGUAAAUGUUGCUCUUCUCCCAGUGCUUUUCAUAGUUUUCACUUACACCAGGAUACUUAUAAUAUGUUUUAGAAGUAGCAGAGAAGUGAGAAAAAAAGCAACGCAAACCUGUACACCUCAUAUAAUUGUCUUAAUCAACUUUUCCUGCUUGUGUUCAUUUGAUGUCAUUAUAGUUCACCUGGAUUCAGAUUUUCCAAAGACCCUUCGAUUUAUAAUGACUUUAAAGUUAAUAUUGUAUCACCCUCUCUUCAAUCCAGUCAUAUAUGCAAUCAAAAUGAAAGAGAUUUCCAAACACCUCAAGAGAUUGCUUUUUCCUGCUAAACAAAUCUAG